AUGGAUUUCAUCAAGACCAGUUCCCUGCGUGCUCUGAUUGAGUUAACUUUCCAACGCAACUGGAACGGCCUAAUUUGGAUGAGUAGAAAAGGAGUUACAACCAAAAGAGUGAAGACUGGUCCAGACGGCUGGCCGAGAAAAGAUGUUUCCGCUCGGCCAAAACCAUCCGUCCGUCUGAAGUCUCGGCCAAAGUUCAAACCAUCCGGCCGACGCACGACCCGGGAAACAUGUCCCGCGGUCGGCCAAGCCACGACCACUCCACGCCAUGCCGCGCGAGCCGGGAAACAAGCCUCGCGGCCGCGCAACCUAUCUCACGUACCACGGCCGAUGCUCCGUCCGAGCCGGGAAGACGUCCCGCGUCCGGCCGAGAAACAUCGGCCAAACCUUCACCGCCGACCACACGGCCGACCACGAAUCCGUCCGGCCACGACCGUUCCGACUCGACCACGGCCACGACCCGUCCGGCCGAUCGUCCCGACCGACCGUCCCAACGCCGCGGUCGACCCGAAGCCCGUUUUGAAGCCCGAUUUCAUAUUUUCAAGGCCCGGCUUAACCCUAAGCCGCCUCUAA